AUGGAUGAAUUCCGCUCUCUAGCCAGCUCCCUGGCUCAAAACACGAACAUCCUAGCCGACGAGCUAGAGAAGACGGACCAUGACACCUCCUUCAACAGCACCAGUGGUCCGAUUGACCUGCCCCUGCUCAGUAGCCAAGGGUCUGCCGCCCGAUCGGAGAUCAUCUCAGCCGCCGAGAAAAUCCUCCGGGUAGCCUACGGCCCACUGAGCUACCUUUACCGAUUCGGGGAUGUCGCCAUCGAGAUUGGAGUGCUGCGGACCGUUAUCAAACUCGGACUACCGGCCAUGAUCCCUCUCCAAGGUUCCGUGUCAUACGCCGAGCUCGCAGCACAGACGAAGGUCUCAACGUCGGUGCUCCAACGAUUGGUACGAUUCGCGAUUACGUCGGGAAUUUUCACCGAGACAGACAACGGUGAGAAUGUAAAGCACAAUGCGAUGUCAUCGAUCUUCCUUAAAGACCCACCCAGUGCAGAUGGGAUGGCCUGGGUUCUGGAUAUGUGCUUCCGGUCCUCGACCAAGAUCUAUGAAGCCACGCGACUCGAUGGGACGGGCCAGGACCCGAAAAAGGUCGCCACGAGUAUCGAGUACCGCGAUGGUGAAGACGAGCUGUCAUCCCUGUGGGACGUGCAUGCGAUGAACCCCGACUUGGACCGAGGUUUCAACAACGUGAUGCUCUCCCAAUCGGUGUCGCCGAGCUACUCCGUACAACACGUCAUCAGUGGCUUUGACUGGACCCAAGUGAAGAGUGUAGUUGACGUUGGUGGUGGCGUGGGCCAUAUCGCUGAGGAAAUCGUGAAGAAUUUCCCCCACAUUCAUUGCACCGUGCAGGACAUCGAGAAGACCAUUCAACAAGCUCAUCCCACGGAAAAGAAUGUCAAGUUCAUGGUGCACGACUUCUUCCAGCCCCAGACGGUUCAGGCUGAUCUGUAUCUGUACCGGUUCAUCCUUCACGAUUGGUCCGAUGCGGAAGCGAAGCAAAUCCUGCAAGCUUCGCUCUCGGGUCUGAAAGAUGGAGCUCGGCUGGCGAUUAUGGACAUCGCCGUCCCCGAGCCCGGGGUAGAGUCAUUGUUUGUCGAGAAGUCCGUUCGAGCGCUCGACAUCACCCUUUAUACGAUGCUGGCUGGGAAGGAGCGCACCCUAACGGAAAUGAAGGACUUGAUGGCUGCCGUAUCUCCUCAUCUGGAGUUUAAACACCGCUGUCAGCCUAGUGGAAGUUUGUUGAGCUUCAUGACCUGGGUGUAUAGGGCGCCUCUGCCGAAUUAG